AUGGAUAUCGUCGCCUCUGCCACUGCCAAAGAGAUUCGUCCUUCGGCAACACUCAUUGUUGCUGCUCCCAAUAAAGCCAAUGGCCACAACUACAAGGUUCUCAUGAUGAAGCGCAACGCCAAAAGCAGUUUCAUCCAUGCACAUGUCUUCCCCGGUGGUGUUGUGGAUAAGCAUGAUGAUGCGUCUCUAUGGCAACCUUUAUUGAAGCAGCAACCCACAACAGAAUUGACCAACAAGAUUUGUGCUAUUCGUGAGACAUUUGAAGAAUCCGGGCUAUUGUUGACGCAUCCACCAGCCACGGCGAUCCAAGACAAGCAAGUGUGGCGUGAACGUGUGCAUAAUAAUGCUUCUCAAUUCAAGGUGCUAUGUGAAACGCAUGGAUUGGUACCUGCCGUGGAUCGUUUGACACCCUUUGCCAAUUGGAUCACACCUGGAGCUGAAAAGCGACGUUACAAUACCCACUUUUUCUUAACUGUCUGGUCACCCGAUAGCGUGGCUCAAGCCGAUGGUACCGAAACAGUACAUCUCGAUUGGUUUAGUCCCAAGGAAGCACUUGAACAAUGGCGACAACAAAAGAUUGUGCUCUUCCCACCCCAAUGGUACUCUUUGGAAUCCAUGAUGCCCAUCCAGGAUCACGUGAAUUUAGCUGCCAAUGCUGGCAUUGGUGCCCUACGCACAAGCAACGGCAAAUUAUCCACCAUCAUGCCACAACACAACCCUGUCAAUGAUCCCACAUGGUCCGAACGUGGUUAUCAUACCUUUUUGGCUUAUCCUGGUGACGAAUAUUAUCUUGAUUUGAAGCACGGUCAACCUACUGGUCAAUCGGGUGAUCGUCAUCGCAUCUAUAUCCGUGGUCGUAUGGAGGGCUUUGAAUUGGAAAAGAACGUGAAUGUCCCAGAAGAAGAGCAAUCAACAUCAUCCACCGGGAAGAUCAACAAGGCAUCUCUAUAG